AUGCCCCUCCCGGCAGUCCAGAGCCCCCCACUCCUAGGGAAGGGGUUGCUAGCCCGUCUGAGCAGUCUCACUCUGCAGGUGGACAAGGCCAGCCCACGGGGGCCUCAUUCCCCGCACUGUCCCCUCCAGGUGUUCUUCAGCGGUGCCAACGUCCGGCAGGUGGACGUGCCCACACUGACUGGGGCCUUCGGCAUCCUGGCGUCCCAUGUGCCCACCCUGCAGGUCCUGCGGCCGGGGCUGGUGGUAGUCCACGCCGAGGAUGGCACCACCUCCAAGUACUUUGUCAGCAGUGGCUCCGUCACCGUGAACGCUGACUCCUCCGUGCAGCUACUGGCCGAGGAGGCCGUGACCCUCGACAUGCUGGACCUGGGCGCAGCCAAGGCCAACCUGGAGCGGGCGCAGGCGGAGCUGUCGGGGGCCGCGGAUGAGGCCAGGCGGGCCGAGGUCCAGAUCCUCAUUGAGGCCAACGAGGCCCUGGUGAAAGCCCUGGAGUAGCCGUGCGCGUCCCGCCGGGGCGGUGUAACCAGUCCAGUGUGGGGACAUAGGGCCCAGGCGGGGACCCCUCAUUUCCCCAUGCCCCAGCCCGACAGGCCAUUUGCUGCCGGCCACCCAUAGGGCCUGCCGCUGGACCAGCCAAGAACGCCCGUCCCGGCCUGCACCCCCAUUAAAGACCAGGAAGUCUGCCCGGUGUA